AUGUCAUACCGCGGAGGUGGACGUGGAGGCGGUGGUGACCGUGGCGGUCGCGGCGGCUUCUCCUCGCGCGGUGGCCGUGGUGGCUUUGGCGGCGGUGGACGCGGCGGCUACGCCAACGCUGGCCCUCCCGAGACCGUCCAGCCCAUGGGCACCUUCAUGCACGCCGUCGAGGGCGAGAUGCUCUGCCAGUCGACCGACGCUCGGCACGUGCCUUACUUCAACGCUCCCAUCUACCUGGAGAACAAAUCCCAAAUCGGCAAGGUGGACGAAAUCCUCGGACCUAUCAACGAAGUCUUCUUCACAGUCAAAAUGGACCCCGGCAUGGUGGCGACAUCGUUCAAGUCAGACGACAAGGUGUACAUUUCGGGCGAGAAGCUGUUGCCGAUCGAGCGCUUUUUGCCCAAGCCGAAGUCGCUGACCAAGGCGCCGAAGAAGAAGGGUGGUGCUGGCCGUGGAGGUGCUGGUGGCUUCGGUGCUAGGGGAGGAUUCGGGGGUAGGGGAGGUGCGCCAAGAGGGAGGGGCGGAUUUGGUGGUGGACGAGGCGCCCCGGGUGGCAGGGGCGGGUUCGGUGCUAGGGGUGGUGCAGGCGGGCGGGGCGGUGGAUUCGGCGGUGCAAGGGGUGGCGGAUUUGGCGGUGGACGAGGUGGUGCGCCUGGCGGUGGAAGGGGCGGGUUCGGCGGCCGUGGACGUGGCCGUGGCGGCUACUGA